AUGAGAGCAUUCGUCCUCGAUGGAUUGGCUCCCAUUCCACAGCACUUCUAUACCAAACUUCCUUUUGACAAGUUGCAAGUCUACGAGGAUCUCGACAACUUGAUUUACCUUUGGACGAUAUCAAUUCCAUUUGGGGGCCUACGGGAUGUGGACAUCAAGGCUGGCGAGAAAGUCAUCAUCGCGCCGGCCACGGGGACUUUCGGCAGCGCAGCGGUGUUGGCUGCUUUGGCAAUGGGGGCGCGAGUCAUUGCCAUGGGUCGCAACGUGGAAGCCAUGCAGCAAUUCAGACCAUUCAACUCCAAUGACAGGGUAAGGAUCGUCCAGAACACGGGUGACGUGGAGGCCGAUAUGAAGGAACUCACGAAAGAUGGGCCGGCUGAUGUAUUCUUCGACAUUUCGCCCGGGAAAGCAGUCAAGAGCACGCCCUUCAAGAGCUGUAUCCAGGCGCUCCGGCGCGGAGGCCGGGUAAGCUUGAUGGGUGCGCAUGAAGAGCUAGUCCUGCCGACACAGGCUAUCAUGCUAUCCGAUAUCACUCUCAAGGGUAAAUGGACGUACACCCAGGAAGACAUUCGCGUUAUGAUCAAGUUGGUGGAAAUCGGGUAUCUGAGACUGGGCGAAGCUGGUGGCAUACAGACGGUCGGCACAUUUCCGCUGGAGAAGUUUGAUGCUGCCUUUGACGCGGCGGCAAAGAUGAGCGGACCAUGCUUGCAAACGGUCAUUUCUCCAUGA